GGCCCUUCUCAUUGGUGGGGCCAGACCAAUCGUGACGCGUUUCAUAAGCGACAGCAUGGCACUGCAGUGUUUUUAUCGGACAGCUGCUGCGUGAUGUUCUGUCAAUGGCAAAAGACGACAAUAAAAAGCUGGAACAUACCUUUUGAACUAUAGGCCUAUGUAUGUAGGCUUCUACCUUGAUCCCAAGGAGUCCCCCUACUCAACGUGAUCACACUCUUAGAUUGCACCAAUGGGUAAACUUCGUCUGGAGAUGCAUGACCGAACAGGUGAAAGCAAGCGACCGCAUGGUUCCACCAAGGGGCUGGCACACAACCUUGAGCUCAGCAAGAAACGCUGGUUCUCCAUACGGAGGUUUUGGGUGUGGCGUCGGCGAGUAAGAGCAAAAUCUUGUUUCUUUUUCACGCAGAGAAAUGGCGUCAAACACAAAAGACGUCCGGUCCAUUCCAGCUCCUUCUGCAACCGCCAAGGCGAUGUCAAAAUCUGUUUGGAAAUACAAGGAGAAGUAGGCAGGGACAGAAACAUUUCAGAAACCCCGCCAGAGAAAGAGAACGGGGAAACAUCAGGUGUUUUGGACGGUGGGGAACUUAAAGGAAGUGGUGGAGAAGUGUGUCAACCUGCUUUAGCAUCCACCUCGAACUCCACCGACCGCCCUCAGACCCCGGACAGCGGCGGCUCUACAAAGAGGCAGGGGAGUGGGGUAGGGUGCACUGACAAAAAUAUGGUUAACGGAUUCAAGAGGAUUGCUGUCCAUCAGGAGCCUUGGAGGGAUCCUGUCUGUCCGCAGGAAACCUGUACCCCUCUGGGUGCAGAGCUGGUGACGGAGGGAAAGACUAGCACCAGAACCAGCCCAAGCCCUGUCUGUCAGAGCCUGCCAGGGCUUGGGGUGUCGUCUGACAGCCAUCUGCAACCUGUUGUCCCCCACAAGGCUUUGAGCUUGACCAUUAUGGAGUUUCUCGACGGCUUUUCUAAAGUCUACGGGAGUUUGAUCCCACUGCAAUCGUGUGACAUUGUCCGAAGCUUGAGGGCGCAUGAUUUGGAUGACAGAAAAAGGAAUCUAGUCAUCUCCCUGGUGAAAAAGUACAGCGCUACUGUAGUCAGAACAACGUCUCCCUGCUUCAGAGUGGUCUACAGAAAACACAGUCUGAUGCUGGAGGACCUGGCGACGCUGGCCCACCAGAACUGGAUCAACGACCAGGUCAUCAACAUGUACGGGGAGCUGAUUAUGGAGUCUACGGAUAACAAGGUCCAUUUUCUGAACAGCUUCUUUCACCAUCAACUAGAGAUGAAAGGCUAUGAGGGGGUGAGGCGAUGGACAAAACAGGUCGACCUGUUCUCCAAGCAGCUGCUGCUGGUGCCGGUUCACCUGGAGGUACACUGGUCUCUGGUGGCGGUCGACCCGGAGCACCGGAGCAUCCGGCUCUAUGACUCGGAGUUCACCUCUCUCCCAGAGGUCACGCUGGGCAUCCUGAAAUACUUGAUAAGCGAGGCAAAAGAGAAGAGCCAAGAGCUAUUCCAAACUGGCUGGGUGGUGUCGGCCAACCAGGAGACGCCCCAGCAGAACAAUGAGAAUGACUGUGGAGUUUUUGUCUUGGAGUAUUGUAAGCGGCUCGCCCUCAGGAAACCUCUCGACUUCUCCCAGAAGGAGAUACCACACAUCAGGAAGAGAAUCUACAAGGAGCUUUGUGAACGAAAGCUUCAUCUGUAACACACACGCAAACAGAGUCAAGGGGGGGUGUGACUGGUCUUUGAAUGUCAAACCAGUAGACUGCGCUACAGUAGUGUCUGUCAAACACUGCUUGUGUUGUCAUCCUCACAUCAAACUCUUAACAAACGAGCAGUUGAAAUGCAACGCUUGUCAGUAGCAGAAGGGUUUAAAUGGUCUUGAAUACAGUGUUUUAUUUAUCAGCAUUUGACUUUCUUCCCCUCAGUCCAAAAUGUGCCGCGGAUCCCGAUCUCUUACUGGUUUCGGUCCUGAUUCUACAUUCCUGCAAUCUUUCUGAUUCACAAAGUAGUAAAAUACUGGGAUCAUCGGUUGGACUGGGAGUGGAACUGAAUAUUUUUUUUGUUGUUCCAAAACAUAAGAUGCAGAAAUUGUAUUAUGAUUGUUAACCUUAUGUGUUUAUAAUAAAUGACCACUUUUUCUAUGUCGUCCUACAUGUCAAGGACUUAUGAUGUUCAUGUCGUACUUUUAAAGUUUAGGCUGAAUGAUUAUUACUAUCGGCAGAAUACUUCAAUGCCUUGGUCCCUUUACACUCGCAUCAACAGCAGAAUUGCUAGAGCUGAAAGGGUAUUUGUAAGGCACAUAUACUAUCCAGUAUCUUUCCUACAAACCCAACAGUGAUGCAUUUUAGAAAGACUGGGGAAUGGGAAAUAUCAAUUUUCUCUUUUUGUUGACGCUUCAGUGUACCCCUUUGGGGUAUGAGUUUAGAAGCUGUUUUCCUGACCUCCCCAGGGGAAGGUUGGACAGGCCAGGGUUCCAGCUGAUCGGGCAGCACCACAACCCUCUUUGACAUCCUGCAGAGCUUCAAUCGAUUACCAUCUGGUUAACAAUAGGAUCGUUUUAUUGGGGAACAGAGCGGCUCUCAGCAUCCUGACAACAAUAUAAGAUGUCCUGGCUUUAGGUUCAAGGAAACUUUAUUUAUCCCCAGGGGGUAAUUAAGGGCAAAUUCAUCCAACAUCAGCUAGCCGACCUCUUGGAGGGAUGCAGGGUGAUUUCCCAUUUGGGGACUCCUCCUUGCGGCGCUCUUGGAGAGACGCAGGGGGAACUCCCAUUUAGGCCUCAGAUCAUUGUAUUGCUGUUUAUAUGAUUUGUUAUAUGAUUGUUGUAUGGUUGUUGAAUGAUUGUUGUUGAAUGAUUAUGUUAUUGUAGCGUUAUUACCCAAAUAUAUGACCCUAGUUAUUAUAAGUUCGGAUGACUCUUUAUUCCACGCAGUUUGACCAUUUCACUACAAUAGUAUAGAAGAUUCUUCCAUUGUUUCUAAAAAAUCAUCUUCCCGCUUCGAUUGUGUUUGAGACGCGGCUUGUUGCUUCUGUAAGUCCUGUCCAAAGAAAUCUGGAUUUGGGACUCAAAAGUGUUUAUGUGCUACCGAAAUAGUGACAUUAUCUAUCAAAAAGGUCCAUAGUGGUUUCCAAGUGUGUUAGUAACCUGAUGCUGCCACCUGACCAUUAUUGACCGUUGUCUAUACAUGAUACGUCUGCAUGGAAGAGCCACUUUAGGUGAUCCUCCGAUAUAGUGACCUCUGGUGUUCUUUAGAACGUAAAGAAGAAGUGUCCUACAUCAGUCUUAAGUAUGCCAAACAAUUAAUUAAUACGUGAGCAAGAAUUACGAAGGAGGUAUAUUUGUAUAGAAGAUACAUUUGUGGAAAGUGCAGGUAACCUAUGACCUCUGUGGGCUACCCCGGCGCCGUAGGAACCCUCACCCGACCCAUGACGGCUGUCAGUCUAGUUGUAUGUAUCUAAGCUGGUCCAUUAGCCCAUCCAUUAUUUAAGUUAUUGCUGAACUUAUGCUUGGAACCUUGUUUUCGAAAAGUCCUUAAU